AUGUUAAGCUAUCAUAUGUCAGGCCAAGAAAUUGAUUUAAGUGCAGCAGAGUUUGGAAAUAUGUUACGCAAAGAGAUAGGCUGGGAUGAUGGAGAACGCAGCAAGCCUAAGGGCAGGAUACUAUUUGGAUAUAUAGCAGUAUAUAGUGGUAUGUCAGCGGCUUCCUCUCACAUCGGAUAUCCCAGUGUGUUCAUGUACAACGGAGCAACAUAUUUGAUCCCUACUGGGGGAAUCCUGGCCGUUGGUCCAAUGCGCUCAGUAAAUCACGAUCCACGUAAUGAUGGACACUUGGUCAUAAAGGACGUUGGAUGUCAAAUGAAAAAGCUUUAUCAUGUUGAUGGAGUAGCAGAUGACACUGUCUUUAGCACUUCAAUAAACUAUACAACUCUUCAAAUGGGAUUGCGGGGAGGGGUCUCAUGUAAAGCUAUAGGUUCAUCUGGUUUAGCAAGUUCUCGAGCUAGAAUUCAAGUAAAUCUGGUCAAACAUUGGAAUUCACCAUUGCCUCAUAAUCAAAGUUUCUCUGAUUGGGUUUGGAGCGGAGCUUGCCCGAAUGGAACACAAAUUGAUGUGCCUAUGACUACCUCCCACUACCUCCCGGGACUGAGAAACAAGACAGUAGAGAUUAUGGGCCAAGUUGUCGCGCAUGUUUGCUUCGAUCAAGAUUUGACUGGUGCUAAAUCAACUGGAAAUCAUGCUGGAAACGGAUCAGAAUACAAUUUCUUGAGGCCAACUGUGUGUGAAAUCCAACCGACGAUUGGCACUUAUCAAGUUUUGUACAAUUACCCAAGUGUUACAAUUAACCAUACUAGUUUCAAACCAGCCCGUAAGAUGUCAGAAGAUACUCGGUUUCUUUCAAUGUACCUUGCCAUGUUAGCAAAGGCAAUGGUUUCUACCACUCAAUCUAUGUGGGCAAAUACCUUUGGCGAUGAUAUCUCUACAGUUUACAAUGCUACUGAGGGGCUCGAGGAGGACAAAUUGGACGCAAUUCUUGUAUGUUUCUUGUCAAAAAAAAUGGUUGAUGUUGAUAAGAUCUGUUUGAUGGGGUUCUUCUUUGGGACUGCUGAUUUCUUUCCCUCACCUCGAUCAGGACCAUUACUUCAAUGGUGUUGUAGAAUUUGGGACAACAUCGAGCAUAUUGAACCAGAUCAAAACCACUUACCAAGCAACAUCUCAUGCAACUUUAAUGGUACUUGGAUGAUCUCGACAAUGGGAUGGGAUGCCAAAAGCCGUAUUUUUGCACCUAUCUUUCUUUCGAUGGUUCCUAUCAUUCUGGUUUCAUUUUUUUCAAUCUGUGCUGUCUUAUUCGGAUCUUAUAAAAGGUUUAUCUCAUUACCUCUUCAUUCAAAUGAACCUAUUCAAUUUGAUCCAAAUGAUAUGACACAGAUCAUUCGUGUUGCUUGUGCUGGUAAUCUUUCUGAAAAGUUUUCUCAAAUGUCUGAUGAUCAAGUAGGAAAAAGUUGUACAGCGAAAGAUUAUGAUAAAAUUCAUGUUCAGUUAAAUUAUGAUGAUGAUGUUCAUGGUAAAUUGAUAUGGAUCGAACCUCAAAGAAGUUUGACCUCUUGA